CCUCAUCAAGAUCGUGAGGAGAUGGAUUGGAAGUAGAGACGUCCGAAAUGCAGCGCUCAACUCCGUCUGCAGAUUGAAGCCAAAAUAAGCCCGACUUGGCCAAAUAACCAAGAGCUCAAGAUGGCCGGCUUUGGCGACACCAUCGACUCACUCUUGGAGACAUAUUCUAAGUGUCUGUCUUUACUGAAGGGUUUGAAAGGGGCGCGCAACAGCAGGCAACCUCGACAACUUCGAAGGAGCCUUCGCUCUGACAGGUCCAAGGUCCAAAGUGUAUACUCCUCGAAGCUGUCCGUGGCCGGGACUCAUCUUGAAAAGGGCGAUGCCGUGGCUCGAUCUUCCGUGCGAAGAGUUAUCAAGCGUCUGACGUCGGCCACGACUAACUUGCUUCAUCUCAUGACGAGAGGCCAGAACCCCGUCAUUGACUACCAGUCGCUAAAGACUUUGUCCAACUCAUCACGUGUUGACGCUGUCAAAGCGAUCAAUGACUUGUCACGAAGACUUAGCACCUCGUCCCUGAAGUCUACCUCGUCCGGGUCAAGCAAGAAGAGCAAGCGUCCGAAGAGGAUACUUGCGGCAGACAGCAAGCCCAAGUUGAAGGACAAGGAAACCUCGGGGCGCAAAUUCCUCAAGGCUACAGCGGAAGGUGCCGAACCAGAGCCGAAACCAGCAGAACCUGUCUAUAUGCAGCAACUGAAGGCAGAGAAACGCAUGUCCAUGGCGACGAUGUCAUCAGGGAGCACCAAGCUGGGCGAGAUUCUGCCCAACAAGUUGCGACGAAGGCCGUCGGAAAAGCCGGUACCGAUAGACCAGUUCAGUGUUGCGCCAACUUAUCCGUUGAGACCUUUCCAUCAACCGGAAGUCAAGCGCAAAAGGCUGUGGGGGUUAUUCGGAUGACGAUGAAGUCGCGUCUUAGUGAAUGGCGUUUGCUCCGUAUCCUGGGAGCAAUAGGAUGAGGUCUGCAUGAGGCACAACGUGUGAGGAAGGGUGAAAAUUGGAUCCGAACAACCAUGGCGGGGAAUAAUGGUAUGAGAUAUGAUUCAUGAAAGUAACGACACAGGCGACCUGCGACGCUGAUGCAAGCGGAUGGGCAGGCCAGAGAUGGACAUCAACAGCACACAGGUUUUGGCGAUGGGCAUAGCCUUGCGAUCCAAUCGCGGGGUAGAAGCAAAUAUAUACAGAUUGAUGAUGAAGGAAACCCUCGACCUAAGCCGCACAAAGCAGGGGACUUACAGCUACACGAAAC